CACCGUCUAACCCAACUAUGAGUCUACACACGACCUCGUGGAUUAAUUCUUAUAUCGUCUUCGCUAUUGGCUCAUAUGUCAUUGUCAAUCGCCAACCUGUUUCAAAUCAUUGAACUCACUUUUUAGUCAAAAGAAUCAAAACUUCUUCUUCAUCAUCAUCAACAACAAAUACUACUUUGGAAAUCCCACAUUCUCAAUCAUUCAAUUCAUGACCGGGAAGCUCCAAAAAUGGGUUCAAUGAAGAGCAAUCAUCAUCCACUCCAUUCCGGAAUCUUGCCAUUCAUGCUUCUUAUUUUCUUCAUAUUCUGUUUCCAAUCCCUUUUCUGUGCACGGGCUGAUUCCACUUACGACAAUUUUGCAAAUUGUCUGACCAAAAAUGGGGUCCCAAAUAACCAAAUUCCCCAGAUUCUCUACACUCCCUCAAAUGCUUCCUUCACCUCUGUAUUGAACUCCUACGUUAGAAACCUACGAUUCAACACAAGUACUUCAAGAAAGCCAUCCAUAAUUGUGACCCCAUUUCAGGUUCAGCAAGUUCAGGCAACAAUAAAAUGCUCAAAAGGAACAGGGUUGCAGCUGAAAAUCCGAAGCGGCGGGCACGAUUUUGAAGGUAUUUCAUACGUUUCAAACACCCCUUUCAUCAUUCUCGAUAUGUUUAAUUUUAGCAACAUCAGCAUCGAUAUUCCUAGUCAAACUGCUUGGGUUCAAUCCGGCGCGACCCUCGGCGAAUUUUACUACAGUAUUUGGAGAAAGUCCAAUGUUUUCGGGUUCCCAGCCGGCGUCUGCCCGACAGUAGGUGUAGGUGGACAUAUCAGCGGGGGUGGUUAUGGCCCGAUGUUGCGAAAAUAUGGCCUGACGGUCGACAAUGUCGUGGAUGCACAAAUUAUUGAUGUGAAUGGUAACAUUUUGGACAUAAAAGGGAUGGGGGAAGACCUGUUUUGGGCAAUCAGGGGUGGAGGGGGAGCGAGUUUUGGAGUUGUUCUGUCUUACAAGGUUAAUUUAGUUCAAGUGCCUUCCACUGUUACUGUUUUUAAUGUUCAAAGGACAGAGGCACGAAAUGCUGCUGACAUUUUAGUCAAAUGGCAAAAUGUGGCUGCCAGCAUUGACAAUAAUCUCUUCAUCAGAGUUAUCAUCCAGCCAGUUCCAAUUAUUGGCACCCGAAAAAUGACGAUCCAAGCGACAUUCCUUGCUUUAUACCUGGGAGAUUCUGUUAGUCUCAUGAAUCUUAUGAACUCUCAAUUUCCUGAAUUGGGAUUAAAGCAGAGUGAUUGUCUCCAAAUGAGUUGGAUCCAGUCAAUAGUGUAUUGGGCUAAUACCAAGAACAGCGGGUCCAGGCCGGAUGUUCUGUUAAGGAGGACGACUGAUUCAGUCAGUUUUGGGAAGAAGAAAUCAGAUUAUGUCCUGACUCCCAUUCCAAAGGCUGCAUUGACUUUCAUCUUCAACAAAAUGAUUCAGCUUGGAAAAGUUGGAAUGGAGUUCAACCCAUAUGGUGGAAGAAUGAGCCAAAUCGCCGAAAGCGACGCGCCGUUUCCUCAUCGGAGAGGGAUUAUAUACAAGAUUCAGUAUUCCAUAAGUUGGGGAAGGAAUAAUCCAGAGUUAACAAAUCAGUAUCUUGGGCAAGCAAGGGAGCUGUACAGCUUCAUGACUCCAUAUGUGUCAAGCAAUCCCAGAAGGGCUUUUCUGAAUUACAGAGAUCUUGAUAUUGGUAUCACCAGUAAUGGAAUCAAUGGGUAUAGUGAAGGAAAAGUGUAUGGAUUGAAGUAUUUCGUGGGCAAUUUUGAUAGGUUGGUGAAGGUGAAGACGGCUGUUGAUCCCCAGAAUUUCUUCAGGAAUGAACAAAGUAUUCCAAUUCUUCCUUCUUAGUACUUUCCAAUCCGGUCCUCCCCUUUUGACUGCAAUAAUCACAACUUAAGUGUAACCAUUGAUUGAACAGAAUGUACUGUGUAUGAUCCAAACAUAAUUUGAAUGAAACUAUUCCUUUCCUCAAC